CCAAAUGCUGUAAAUGUAAAUAUUAAAAAUAGUGGUUUGCAUAGGUCUAAUCAAAUUUACAUAUUGCUGAACCAGGGACAGUAUACUUCCUUCAAAAGUAGAUAGCAUAGCUAAAAAAAAAGAAGGUCAUUUACAUAAAUAAGAAUGUGUAAUGUAGAUUGGGGGUUUGUAGAUUUUCUGAUAACACACAUGAGAAAAUGUGUUGACCCAGCUGUAGGGUGUAACCACAGAGAAAAAAGGGGAGGGCUGAAAAGAACAACUUCACAUAUGUGUGAGAGAGUGGGGGAAAAGCCAGUUUCUAGAGUUUGUUAGAUAGCAGUGCACUGAGAUAAACUUUGUUAAAUCAUAUAGACAGCACAAAAGACAGAGGAAGGAAGCAGAGGAGACGAGAUAACUCCACUAACAAGAAUUACUAGCUGAUUUCUAUUUAAAAUAUACCAACUGGGAACCUCAGAAUCUCUCUACAUAUUGAUGGAGUACAAAGUAACUGUGGCUACAGGCACCUUAGAGUACUCAGGUACCAAUAACUAUGUGUAUGUAACCCUGGUGGGGGAGAAUGGAGAGAGUGAGAGAACACUGUUGGACAAACCAGGCCUGGAUCUGUGUAGAGGCGCGGUUGAUGACUACAUAGUCCAGAGCUCAGCUCCUCUGGGCCGUGUGCUUCUGGUACGCUUGGAGAAGCAGAGGUACUUUUUGGAAGAUAACUGGUUUUGCAAUUAUGUGAAAGUCACACCACCUGGAGGGGAAAACAUGCAGACAUUCCCCUGCUAUUGCUGGUUAGUGGGGGAUAUUAAAGUCGAAGUACGCGAAGGCACAGCUAAAAAGCUGUCUGAUGAGAUCCUGCCCCAGGAGCUGGCUCAUAGAAAGGCACAACUGAAGGAGAGACAGAAUACUUUCCGAUGGCAUGCAUGGGCUCCAGGAAUUCCCAAAUGCAUAGAUGCCAAAUCAGAGGCAGACCUACCCCAGGAUGUUCGCUUUGCCAAUGAGAAACGCAGUGACUUUGAAAGAUCACUUCAGUUUGCGCUUUUGGAGCUAUCUCUAAAGAAGCUGGUCAUUUGGUUUGGAAGGUCAUGGGAAGAUCUGGAUGAUUUUAAACAAAUAUUUUGGAAAUUACGGAGUCCCAUUGCUGAAUACACUAUGGAACACUGGAAGGAGGACUGGUUUUUUGGCCAUCAGUUCAUGAAUGGGUCAAACCCACGGAUGAUUCAGAGGUGCAGGCAACUGCCUUCCAACUUCCCUGUCCCUGGAGACAUGGUACAGGCCUUCUUAAGCCCCAACACCACCCUGAAUAAAGAGCUACAGGCUGGGAAUAUAUACCUUGUUGACUAUGCUAUAAUGGACGGUAUUCCAGAGAAUGUGAUCAGAGGGAAGAAGCAGUAUAUAGCAGCUCCUUUGUGUUUACUAUAUGAACAUCCAGACAACGGUCUCAUUCCCAUUGCAAUACAGCUUGAACAGAAUCCUAAUAAGGAAACACCCAUCUUCCUCCCCAACGAUCCGCCUCUGGCUUGGUUAUUGGCUAAAAUAUGGGUCCGUCAUGCUGAAUUUCAGAUCUUCCAGGUGCUGUCACACCUGCUGCGAACUCACCUUACAGUGGAGGUGUUCUGUGUGGCUACACUGCGUAACCUCCCUUCGGUCCACCCUAUAAACAAGCUGCUCAAUCCUCAUCUGAAGUACACUCUGGAGAUAAAUUGCCGUGGACGCACACAGCUCCUCUCUAAUAACGGAAUCUUCAAAAGAGUAGUGUCCACAGGUGGUGAUGGGCUGCUGGUGCUGGCCCAAAGGGAGUAUAAGGUCCUGACCUAUCGCUCGCUACAACCCCGCUACGACUUCAUAGACCGUGGAGUUACUAAACUCAAUAAAUACUUCUACAGAGAGCACAGCCUGAUGCUUUGGGAUGCCAUUGAGAAAUUUGUCUCCAGCAUAGUGUCUCUGUAUUACGGAAGUGACAAUGAUGUGGUGCAGGAUUCAGAACUGCAGGCAUGGAUCAAGGACGUGGUUGAGGAAGGCUUUGUAAAUGUUCCUCAUUUUGGGCUGCCUAAUGUACUAAAGAAUAAACAGGAGCUGGUCACUGUUUUGAGUGUGGUCAUCUUUUGCAGCACUGCACAACAUGCAGCAACCAACAAUGGACAGUUUGACUUCUGUUCAUGGGUGCCCAACACACCUUGCACCAUGCGCCAGCCUCCACCCACAGACAAGGACGGUGUCACCAUGGAGUUAAUCAUGAACACGCUUCCUGAUAUCAGCCAGUCAUGUGUAGAGAUGGCAAUCACAUGGCAUUUAGGAAGAGCUCAGCCAGACGCAAUACCUCUGGCACAGUACGAGGAACAGUAUUUCACUGAGCCAGCAGCCCAAAAGAUGAUUGAUAACUUCAGACAGGAUCUGAAGGACAUUGAGGAGGAGAUUCUGGAGCAGAAUAAGGGUCUUGAACCACCAUAUCUCUAUCUGUGUCCUAGUCGAAUAGAAAAUAGCAUUACCAUAUAGAGAGAGUUGAGAACAAUUCUGAAUUUUAUAAUGUACUAGAAAGCUGUCCUAAAUGCAUUUUAUAGACAUUAUGAAAGAUUUGUUGAAAGAUUGUUUGAAACAAGAAGAAAGGUAUUUGUUGUAAAUCUAUGUGUUUCAUUUUUUGUUGUACUAAUUUUACAAUCAGAAAAAAAUACACUAUAAACUGAAAUGCAUGUAACCACCAACAAAAUAUAAACAGACUAUAGGAACUAUAAGGACGACAAAUUUAUUUCUGUAAUUACAAACUGUUAAUACCAAAUUAAAUUAAAUCAUGAAUA